ACAUGGCCGUCAAGGCCAGGGGCAAUUCGUGCACCGAGUGUCGACGUCGCAAACAAAAGUGCGACCAAGGCCGACCGUGUAGCAACUGUGUCCGUCGAUUCCCGCAGCCGACGUGCGAAUACAACGCCAAACGAAACACCAAGAGGUCAGUAUGAUUAG